ACGUAACUUAGCCGUAGCUAACGUUUCUUUCAUUUAUGUGCUAGCUAGUUACGAGCCUGAUAUUGUCUGUUAUUGUCUGUAGUGAACACAGUUUAGCUUCAUUAACCAUGGAGACUAUUUUAGAGCAGCAGCGUCGCUACCAUGAAGAGAAAGAGCGGCUAAUGGAUGCUAAAACUAAAGAAAUGCUACAUAAGAAGUCUACGUUGCGGGAACAGAUUAACUCUGACCACCGAACAAGAGCAAUGCUGGAUAGGUAUAUGGAAGUGAGCGCAAAUCUCAGAGACUCCUAUGAAGACAAAGAUGGAAUGAGGAGGGAUGAACUCGCUGCCAUCUCAGGACCAAAUGAGUUUGCAGAGUUCUACAACAGACUGAAACAGAUCAAGGAGUUUCACAGAAAACACCCAAAUGAGAUUUCCAUCCCCAUGUCUGUAGAGUUUGAGGAGCUGAUGAAGGCCAGAGACAACCCCAGCGAGGAGGCUCAGAAUCUCGUGGAGUUCACCGACGAGGAAGGAUACGGCCGCUACCUGGAUCUGCAUGACUGCUACCUGAAGUACAUCAACCUGAAGGGAGCUGAGAAACUGGAGUACAUCACCUACCUGUCCUCAUUCGACCAGCUUUUUGACAUCCCAAAAGACAGGAAGAACGCUGAGUACAAAAAGUAUUUGGAGAUGAUGCUGGAGUACCUGCAGGACUACACAGACCGGGUCAAACCUCUGCUGGACCAGAACGAGCUCUACGGCAAAGUGCUCAUAGACUUUGAGAAGAAAUGGGAGAACGGCACAUUUCCUGGCUGGCCUAAAGAGACGAGCAGCGCCAUGACUCAUGCCGGAGCUCAUCUGGAUCUCUCUGCUUUCUCCUCCUGGGAGGAGUUGGCUUCUCUGGGUCUGGACAGAUUGAAGUCUGCUCUCAUGGCGUUGGGGCUGAAGUGUGGAGGGACUCUGGAGGAGCGAGCUCAGAGACUUUUCAGCACAAAGGGCAAAUCUCUGGAAUCACUGGACCCUUCCCUGUUCGCCAAGAAUCCCAAAGCCAAAGGGCCCAAAAAAGACACAGAGCGGAACAAGGAGAUCGCCUUCCUGGAGGCUCAGGUCUAUGAAUAUGUGGAGAUCCUCGGGGAGCAGAGGCAGCUGACUCACGAGAACGUGCAGAGGAAGCAGGCCCGCACGGGAGAGGAGCGCGAGGAAGAGGAGGAAGAGCAGCUCAGCGAGAGCGAGAGUGAGGAUGAAGACAACGAGAUCAUCUACAACCCCAAGAACCUGCCACUGGGCUGGGACGGCAAGCCCAUUCCAUACUGGCUCUACAAACUCCACGGACUGAACAUCAACUACAACUGUGAGAUCUGUGGAAACUACACCUACAGAGGACCCAAAGCCUUCCAGAGGCACUUCGCAGAAUGGAGGCACGCUCACGGUAUGCGCUGCCUGGGAAUCCCCAACACGGCUCACUUCGCCAACGUCACACAAAUCGAGGACGCCGUCUCUCUGUGGGCUAAACUGAAGUCCCAGAAGGCAUCAGAGCGGUGGCAGCCUGACACAGAAGAAGAGUACGAGGACUCAAGCGGCAAUGUGGUCAACAAGAAGACCUACGAGGAUCUGAAGAGACAAGGCCUGCUGUAAAAGAUCAAGAUUUUUUUUUAUCACUCAUGUCUCCCUUCGUUUCUUUUUAUUUGUAAGCAGUCAUGUUGUUUUACAGAUCGCCCUCCAUCCCUUCCUCCCUCUCUUUGAUAACUUUGUAACAUGGCAACCGUCGAUCAUUCUAAUAAACUGUAAACUUUUUGUCA